AUGCGCUACUCUUACGCUCUGGGCGCCCUCUGCGCCGCUGGUGCCAUGGCCCACAAUGUGGACAAGCGUUCCUACGUGACUGACUGGACCGUCGUCACCGUCACUACCACCAUCACCGAGUACCCCAGUACCCCCACGGUAUACGAGAACGUCGCGGUCGAGGCCGAUACUUCCUCUUCCAGCGUCGCCGUCGCUGUUGACUCCACCAGUGCUGCUGCUGCUGCCGCCGCCGCCGCUGAGACCACCACCUCGUCCGUUGUCACUCCUGUCGUCGAGGCUACCACUUCCGUGGCGGCUGCUGUUGUUGACACCACUUCGGUGGCUGCUGCUGCUGACACUACUACCUCGGUGGCUGCUGCCGAGCCUACUACCACCGCGGCUGCUGUCAUCACCACAUCCACUUCCGAGGAGGCUGCCGCUGCCACUGCCUGGACCUCCGCUUGGACCUCCUACUGGACCUCUUCCUGGUCUUCUGCUGCCGCGGAGUCGACCACCCUUGCGACCUCGACCUCGUCUAGCGCCACCUCGACCGCCACCAGCGCUUACCAGUCCGCUGUCUUGUACAACCACAACGUCCACCGCAGCAACCACUCGGCUAGCUCUCUUUCGUGGUCUUCCAGCCUGGAGUCGAGCGCCUACACUCUGGCUGCCAAGUGUGUCUACGAGCACGACACGAGCAUUGAUGGCGGUGGCUACGGCCAGAACAUUGGAUAUGGUGUCUCGGCGGACGAGAUCGGCGUCAUGAUCACCAACCUGAUGUACAACGACGAAAUGGGCUACUACACCGACCUGUACGGAGAGGCCGACCCCGACAUGACCUACUUCGAUAGUUGGGGUCACUUCUCCCAGAUCGUCUGGGCCGCCACCACCGAGGUCGGCUGCGCCACGGUUACUUGCAACAGCCUGGGCAACGUCGAUGCCUCGGAAGCGCUGCCUUUCACUGUCUGCAACUACAGCCCUGCCGGAAACUACGAGGGUGAAUAUGGCACCAAUGUCAAGCGUCCCCUCGGACAGGCCAUGUACGUUGCUUCCUAA